GCGCCGCCGUCGCAGCCUAGAGGUUAUAAAAGGGCUAACUGGCUCCCUCUGCUGCCCAGUCGCGCCGCCAGCGGGCUGAGGGGAAGGAGCAGGUAUCGGGCCCAAGAGCAGGCUACAGGGGACUGAAGAACGCGCCGCCCCUCCCGCCCCACUUCCCAGGUGUGUGAACCUGAAAAAUUAAGUCUUCCAAGAUGAUCUGGUAUAUUUUAAUUGUAGGGAUUCUACUUCCCCAAUCUUUGGCCCAUCCAGGCUUUUUUACUUCAAUUGGUCAGAUGACUGAUUUGAUCCAUACAGAGAAAGAUCUGGUGACUUCCCUGAAAGACUAUAUUAAGGCAGAAGAGGACAAAUUAGAACAAAUAAAAAAAUGGGCAGAGAAAUUAGAUCGACUAACUAGCACAGCAACAAAAGAUCCAGAAGGAUUUGUUGGGCAUCCUGUAAAUGCAUUCAAAUUAAUGAAACGUCUGAACACUGAAUGGAGUGAGUUGGAGAAUCUGGUCCUUAAGGAUACAUCAGAUGGCUUUAUCUCUAACCUAACCAUUCAGAGACAGUACUUCCCUAAUGAUGAAGAUCAGGUUGGGGCAGCCAAAGCUCUGUUGCGUCUCCAGGACACCUACAAUUUGGAUACAGACACCAUCUCAAAGGGUAAUCUUCCAGGAGUAAAACACAAAUCUUUUCUAACAGUUGAGGACUGUUUUGAGUUGGGCAAAGUGGCCUACACAGAAGCAGAUUAUUACCAUACAGAACUGUGGAUGGAACAAGCACUAAGGCAGCUGGAUGAAGGCGAGGUUUCUACCAUUGAUAAAGUCUCUGUUCUAGAUUAUUUGAGCUAUGCGGUAUACCAGCAGGGAGACCUGGAUAAGGCACUUUUGCUUACAAAGAAGCUUCUUGAACUAGAUCCUGAACACCAGAGAGCUAAUGGUAACUUAAAAUAUUUUGAAUAUAUAAUGGCUAAAGAAAAAGAUGCUAAUAAAUCUGCUUCAGAUGACCAAUCUGAUCGGAAAACCACACUGAAGAAAAAAGGGGUUGCUGUGGAUUACCUGCCAGAGAGACAGAAGUACGAAAUGCUGUGCCGUGGGGAGGGUAUCAAAAUGACUCCUCGGAGACAGAAAAAACUCUUUUGCCGUUAUCAUGAUGGAAACCGGAAUCCUAAAUUCAUUCUGGCCCCAGCUAAACAGGAGGAUGAGUGGGACAAGCCUCGUAUUAUUCGCUUCCAUGAUAUUAUCUCUGAUGCAGAAAUUGAAAUUGUCAAAGAUCUAGCAAAACCAAGGCUGAGCCGAGCUACAGUACAUGACCCUGAGACUGGAAAAUUGACCACAGCACAGUACAGAGUAUCUAAGAGUGCCUGGCUCUCUGGCUAUGAAAACCCUGUGGUGUCUCGGAUUAAUAUGAGAAUACAAGAUCUAACAGGACUAGAUGUUUCCACAGCAGAGGAGUUACAGGUAGCAAAUUAUGGAGUUGGAGGACAAUAUGAACCCCAUUUUGAUUUUGCACGGAAAGAUGAACCAGAUGCUUUCAAAGAGCUGGGGACAGGAAAUAGAAUUGCUACCUGGCUGUUUUAUAUGAGUGAUGUGUCAGCAGGAGGAGCCACUGUUUUUCCUGAAGUAGGAGCUAGUGUUUGGCCCAAAAAGGGAACUGCUGUUUUCUGGUAUAAUCUGUUUGCCAGUGGAGAAGGAGAUUACAGUACACGGCAUGCGGCCUGUCCAGUGCUAGUUGGAAACAAAUGGGUAUCUAAUAAAUGGCUCCAUGAACGUGGACAAGAAUUUCGAAGACCAUGCACCUUAUCAGAAUUGGAAUGACAAAUAGGCUUCCCUUCCUCUCCUGCUAUACUCUAAUGUGUCUGACAUGCACAUUUCCCAGUCUUAACUUUCAAGAGUUUACAAUUGACUAACACUCCAUGAUUGGUUUCAGUCAUGAACCUCAUCCCAUGUUUCAUCUGUGGACAAUCACUAACUUUGUGGGGUUUUUUUCCUUUUAAAAGUAACACUAAAUCACCAUAUUGUACAUAUAAACCUUUAAAGUUCAGUUGGUAUCACAGAGGAUAAAGCAAGGUAGAGUUAAAAAAUAAGGAAUUUUUACAUUUAUAUCUUAAAGAACUUCUUGGUUGGAUAAAAAAAAAACACUUUAUGCAUCUGAUUAUAGUAUUUCACUACAUCUCAGUUGGUAGGGGGUAGGCUAGAAUGGGCCAUGUGAUUAUAAGCCUUAUAGUUUGGACCUAGGUAUUACAUUUACCUAGUCUUAUUUUCUGGAUCUGCCUAAAGACUAGGAGUAAACUAGACCUCUAAUCUGGGUUCCAUUUGAUGUUUACCCCUCCAUACGCUAUUCUAAGUUGAUUUUUUUCCUCUCAAAUCUUUUUAAAGAAAGUAUACUGUAUUUUACCAAUCCCAUUCUUCUCUCACAGCUCCUCUGUGGUGAAUCAAAUCUGCUUGAGUUAAAAUAAUUUGAUUAAAAAGGUUUUUUAUUGCAAAGCCCUAUAUAACAACAGUGGGCCUUCUUAACUAAAAUGAUCAUUAGUCUGUUUAUUUCUCCCUUAAAUGACUAAUGGUUUUGUCCAUAAAAUUUGCUGUUUUUUGUAAUGCUAAUACCUUGCCUCUUAUCCCUGCUAUAGCAGGGUGGUGAUAUUGGCGUUCUGAUAAAAUAAAUAUCGUGCCUUAGGAGACUGGAAAUUUUAAAAUGUACAAGUCCUUUUAAUGAUGAGGGAAUUGAUAAAAAAAAAAAAGAAGAAUCUUUUUUCUAAAAAAGCCAAAAUGUCUGUUUUUUUUCACUUCUGAAAUGUGACGACAAUGACCUAUUUAUGAUCUUAAAUCUUUUUUUAAAAAUGUUUCUGUUUUCUGUGUGGUAUUUUUCUUAUUUGAAUGUGAAUGCAUACUCUAGUGCCAACAGGUGAUUUCUAUGGAUGUGUGUGUGUGUUUUUUGUUUUGUUUUGUUUUUAAUACAGAGGACUUAGAUCUAUCCUUUUGGUUUUCAUUCACUUUCAUGUCACACUGUUAUGGUAGAACUCUGAACUUUCAGCCAUUCAAUCAAUCAGAAUAUGUUUCCUUCAAAAGAAGCUCUACAACUUGUGGUUAUAAGGUUACUAUAAUAAUGGUACUUAAGACUUUCUCUUAUCCAAAAGUGUGGUAUAAUAUAAAGCCAUGAACCCAAAGAAGUAUAUCAGUUGACCCUUAAAACUAACCUUUUACAUUUCUUAUGGUGAGUCUUAAUUCAUACAAGGGCUCUUUAUCCUUUAUGCACUAUUUAAAUAUUUAAGGAAGAGUUUGGUUGUUUGGGUAAGAAGGUAUUAAAUCAACUGUGAAAUUCCUUUCUCCCAAAUACUUUGUUUCACCACAGCUAUUUUAGUAAGAAAUAUUGGAAAUGACCUUUAGUACUUUAAUUUAGAUUUUUUUAUACAUGAUUUUAAAAAAUCCUGUUAGAAGCAAUUUAAUGCAAAAGGAUAGAAAUUAAAUGGGAGUUCAAUGAAUGGAAACUAACCUUUCUUAUGUGUUUUAGCAAAUAGAAUAAAAGUAAUAUAUAUUUCGGAA